AAAACAUAUUGAUGUAAUUCAUAUCUUGCUGUAAUUAUGACAGAGAAAAAGCACUAUACUUUCCUAGAUGCUACUGUAGGAUCUAGACAAAAACAAUAAAAUUACAACGAUACAUAUUAUAUACUAUACUAGCAGCGAAGAUGAACCGGUUUAUUACCCGACGACGCUUUCCUCGCACCAAGCUAUCCGAUCUGGCCUCUUGGGAAUUUGUUGGAAAGAAUUUUGAUUCAUGCAUAUAAAAAAUGCACACCACAUUUGCCAUCUCGUCACUCGUUUGUCGGUAGACGGAGAGUGAAAAAUACACUUACAAAUCCGGAUGGUAUAUGGGCAGAUUAGCGAACUUGGCCACUAGCGAAGGGGCCAAGAUCAAUAUCAUUAAUUUAUGCCCGCCUUUCCUUAUAUACACAUAUACCAUACAGUGUCCGCCUACUGUAACAGUGUCCUAUGGUAUCAACCCAUGUUGUGGAUGACUGGUUGGGAAGUGUAGUCCUCCCAGUCGCUUCCGCCUUGCUGCUGCCGCUCCACCAGAUCCAUUGGCAUGAUGAAACCACACCAUGUCGAAGUAAUGACCCAUUAGUCCAUGUUCCGCUCUACCGUUCUUCCCACUACGUCAGAAAGAACAGAGGCUAAAUUUUUAUAUGGGUCAUGUGUAUUGUGUCGGCACAAUUACAUUACUCACCGCUUAUUACAAUUAUCCGCUCCUAAGUGCAUGCAGACAUAUGCCGAUAUCAUUAUGGUUGUGUUCACUUAAGCCAUGGGCGUUGUUUCGUUGCACCUACCGGUCAUUGGUGUAAUCGCGUGGGCGUACCUCGUGACUGUCGUUGAUAAAGCUUCCUCAAUUGGUUGCUUUGUUUGUGAUUCUAUCAACAAAACGGAUCCAUUUUGCGAAGAUCCUUUUCAUCCCUUCAACAGCACAUACGUUGACGUCUGCAUGGACGGAAGAGCUGGGAUUGUCGGCACCUUUCCCGCCAGAUACUGCAUAAAAAUGAAAGGAGAAUCACUUGAGGAUCAGACAUUUUUGUACAUUCGCCGCUGCACUGUGGAUUCGCUAGGUGAUCAGAACGGAAUUUUUGUUUGGGAACGAAUCAGCUAUAAAGGUCAUGUUUUAACCUGUGAUUUUGAUGGAUGCAAUGUUGCAACGAAGCAUUUGGCUGAUAAAAUUAUUUUGAUGUGGGCCUUACUUUUUGCUUUCGGCUUUAUGUUCACGAGAAAUUUAGUUUUGGUAGCACCGAGAUGAGAUGAAUGGGAUAGACAAUCCAUCUCCAAUUCAGCUUUGGCAUGUUGUACUAGAGAAUAUAGUACUACCAGUUAGCUUUUCAAUUCGGUAAAGUUUUUAAUUUUCAUGUCCACGAUCAUCGAUCACUUCUUCAUCGAAAUCAGUCUAUGGUUUGCUGCUUAACUGAAUUAGAGUAAAGGAUGCGUCCAUUCGCCAUUAAGAA